AUAUCAUAUCUCUUGAUCCUCCAUCAACCUUUCAAGAAGGAGAUAGAACACUCUAGAUGAGGAAAAGGCAAUGGGAUCAAGGCAUCUGCUUCUCUCUGGAAAAUCCUGGAGCUUCUUGGCUUAAAGGCACUUUGAAAAAAAUGCAGUAACUAGUCUAAACCGACUUAUAUGAAACCAUCUAUAAAUAUACUCAAUCCAAUUCAGGCGUCUCCCUCAAAUCCGUUGCCUGUGACAAGGCCAGAGAGCUCGUAUAAGAAGCAACGUCUGCAUCAUAUUUAGCUGCGUUACUUUGCAGUUACCAUCAACUUCUCUGUUGAAGAAAUAAAUGGCUGAAGAGGUGGUUCUUUUGGAUUUCUGGCCCAGCCCUUUUGGGAUGAGGGUGAGAAUUGCCCUGGCGGAGAAAGGGAUCGCCUAUGAGUACAAGGAGGAGGAUCUGAGGAACAAGAGCCCUUUGCUCCUGGAGAUGAACCCCGUCCACAAGAAAAUCCCGGUCCUCAUCCACAACGGGAAGCCGGUCUGCGAGUCUCUCAUCGAGGUUCAGUACAUCGACGAGGUGUGGCACGACAAGUCGCCGUUGAUGCCGUCCGAUCCUUACGAGAGAGCUCAAGCCCGGUUCUGGGCCGACUUCGUCGACAAGAAGAUAUAUGACCUUGGACGAAAGAUAUGGUCCACAAAGGGAGAGGAGCAAGAGGCAGCGAAGAAGGAGUUCGUGGAGAGCCUCAAGCUUUUGGAAGGAGAGCUUGGGGACAAGCCCUUCUUCGGAGGGGAGGUCUUUGGGUUCGUGGACGUGGCUCUCGUCCCGUACUACAGCUGGUUCCAUGCGUACGAGACCUGCGGGGAUUUCAGCAUCGAGGCCGAGUGCCCCAAGCUCGUGGCGUGGGCCAAGAGGUGCAUGCUCCGGGAGAGCGUGUCCAGGUCGCUUCCCGACCCUCAGAAGGUUCACGGGUUCGUGCUAGAGCUCAAGAAGAGGUUUGGGGUCGAGUGAAAGCUGAAGUUCUCAGGUUGGAUUAGAUGUGGGUGUCGUUUUCAUCUCCUGCUUGCUGUAAGGAAUGAUACGAAUAAAGCUUGUGAUUAGGAAGCUAAUAACACGUUCUUGGCCUAAUGAUGUAUGAUUAUAGAGUUGCGGAACACAGCUCCACACCAUCUGUAAUUCUUCUAAUAGAGUUUAAGUAUCACAUCGACAAAUAAUAUGAUUUUUCUUA